AUGAGUAGAGCAAGCAAGAUCACAUUGGCCCUUUCGUGCGUGCUCACAACGGCAACGAUCGUCGGUGUGCAUUUCGUGCAAGAGAUGGAGAGGGAAACACUGCAUCAGGGGCCCAUCAAAGAUGCGAAAAGAAUUGCUGAUAAGAGGGCAGCCAGGGAAGCAGCAGCAUCUUUAAAGAGUAGUCCAGAAGCAGAUCCAGUAGAAACAACUGACGUGAACAAGGAGCGUAAAAAGUUGUUGAACAAGGCUGAGCAUGAACAGCAGCUAGAACUACGUAAAAAGUACCAAGAGAUGCAACCUCUCUCUGGGGAGGUUGUUACCAAAGAUGGAGAAGUGGUGGAACGUAAGUGA